UUCCGAGUUUUCCUUUCGUGUUAUGAUAAUCCAUUUUAAGUGAAACAAGUAAAAACAUAUACGAAAUUCCCUUGGAAUAAUCUUCAUUAUAAUGUUAUUAUUACCGAUGAGAAUUCAUCGGUAAGAUAAGUGUGAGAACUCCAUGGUAUACUUUCAACUAAAAUAUUUCUUGGAAUAUAAAUCUGAAAAUUUUCUCCUUAAAGAAAUAAGGAACAUACCUAAAUAAUCUAUAUAUAUUUAAAGAACAUUACAAUAUUCUAAAUCCGAGAUAUACAAGGUACAAUUUCAAAUUUACAAUAACAACCUGUUGCUUGUUUCCCAGUAAAAGUUCCCAGUCUGCCAUUGUAUUGAUUUUUUGACUGAGCAUGCUCCACAGUCCUACGUCAACUGAUAACGAUACAUUGACUAAUAUUCAACACCCACACAGUCGUUACACACGGAAUGGAGUCUCAAACAUAAUACCUAGUGGAUGUUUGUUAAAUUUUCUUUCAUGGAAAAGUGUAAAAAUCAGUUGUAAUCGUUUUACAAUGGAGGAGUUGCUGCAAGAUAUAUUUAGAGAAGCGACCGGCCCGAAAUUGACCACUUUGAGGAAAGCAUGCCAGGAUGCAUUAGAAAUUCUCUGUAUUCAAGAAAGCAGUGCGCGGCGGGCGUCUUACGAGCUCCGUCGCGUGUGUCUACUGCCGCUGCAGAUAGCGCUGGAGAGCAAGAGGUCGAGACUCGUCACGUUCGCGCUACAGGGCUUCCACAAAAUCCUCCGCGAUGACAGGUUCCACAGGGGCAUCGAGCCGGAGGACGACUCCCUGUGGAUGCCGUCGCAGCUGCUCUGUGCCACUGCCUCUGUCAUGUAUCACUUGCCUGACACGCAGGUGCAAAUAUUCCGCAUGUACCUGUCACUGGCGCUGUCCCCCCGUCGCACACUGAACGGACGGCUGUGUGUGUGGGCAUGCGGGCGCUGCGGGGAGGCCGCCGGCGCAGCACCGCACGUGGCCGCCGCGGCGAGGGCUGCGGCUGCGCAGGCACUGAGGGCUUACUGCGCUCAGCUUGACGAAGAAUGCCAAGAGCUGCUGUUGGAAGGGUCGCCGCUGGGCAGGAACCACAUCGUGGCCGUCGGGUGCUACAGCGAGGUGAUACCGGUCAUACAAUAUCUAUGCGGCAGACUGUCUGAAGCACAGUUGAUCCCAAAACAAAACCCGCUAGCGCUAUUCUUCCUGGACUGCCUGCUUACGCUGAUGUCCAGCCUGUCGGAGCGGGUUUGCGGGAAUUCUCACUUCACCACGUUCCUUUGGCAAAAAUUCUGCCCCUCUCUCAUAUCAUUCCUCGGGACUCCACGAGUGGACAAGAAUAUUAAAUCGAGAGAACACGAAGGUCACCUGGUAGACGACUCAGGUCGUGGUUCUGGUGCUCUGAGUAGUGCCCCGAGCUUCAACAGCAAGCAAGCCAAAGCUAUUUACAGCAUUGCCAACCAGCUGGUUCGGCUUGUGGGCUCGACUUCCAAUUUGCGACCAGUACUCGAAGCGCUCUACCACAGAAUGUUGCUCUACCCUCCCGUGCCCCACAGAGUGGAACCUCUAAGGAGCGUCAGGGAACUAUUACACAAUCCGAAGAGAUUGGCUCAUCUUGUGCUUUUAAAGAAGACUGACCAUCCAGAGCGGCAUAGCGAUGAUAUGGCUAUAUUGAGGCUAAUAAUGGACGGAAUAGAAGAAUGCGGACGCAGCGGUAACCCAGAAGUGAUGACUGCAGCAGUAGAAUGUGUGGUUUCUCUGCUGGACGCUCUAGAGAAACUUUGCAAUAGUCCGGAGUAUAUACCGGCUGAUACAACCACGUUGAUACUUCAGCACUGGCCCAAGCUACACGAUGCGGAUUAUACUGGACCAUUGACAUAUCAGACACUAGCCAGACUACCCAGUCCUUACAGAGAUGUUGUAGCGGUAUUGCAAAGUACCGAAGGAAAAGACGAUUCAUCAGAUACAUCAGGGCCAGAGAAUGCCAGUUCAGGCAGUGACGGGGAAGCGGAUUCGGAUGCAGACAAUGUGUUCCUCCCCUCCCGCGCCUCUAACCCCUCCACUUCUCCGGAACAUAGAGUCGUCAACGACAACACAAGAUCUGUACCCAAAACGUUGAACUUAGGAAGAUGCACGAUCACAGAGUGCAAUGUGGACUUGGAAAGACACAAUGCGAGACAGUUUAUAAAAACCCUGCAAAACUCUCUGCUUCCGAAGCUUCUCAACCUUCGAACUUGCAUUGAAGUGGACGAAGCAAUGCAGGAGUUCGCGUCGAAGUGUUGCCAGCACAACGCCGCGCAGCCGCCCGCCACGGCCUGCAUCAUGAACGCGGACGGCGUCUACCUCGCCACGUACGCCGCGCUGCUGCUCAGCGACAAGCAGAGGCGCGCGGCGACGCCUGCCUAUCAGGCACACGACACGAAAACUCAAAUCGCUCUGACCGAAGACGAGUUCGUAGAAGAGGUGCAAGGCAGCGGAGUACUGGUAUACUUAUCAGCUACUUGGCUACGGGAGCUUUACCAGCAAGUACUUUGUAAUGACCUUCUCAAGGACGUACCCACAGCUGAUCAUCCGUUGAUGCAUCUUCUUUCUGAUCUCGGUGGUUUGGACCAGAGUCCAGUGAUGUCAGACUGGCAGAAGCUGAAGGAAGCCUCGAUGCUGUACAGCACAACUAAUGACUCGCCGCAGCUCCAGGCCAGCUUGCGAUGGGCCAGAAGGAUCCUGACCUGCAUCUGGGACUCUAUGGUGGUGGUCCUGAGUGCGCCGCUGACGGGGUACAAGUACAAGAGCCAGAAGAUACCCGGCAUCUUCUCCAAGAAGAUCCUCGGGAAGAGGCAGCGGAUCGCGUGGGAAGGGCUGACAGUGCAAUGUCUUGAAGGAUUACAUAAGGCCGCCAGGGUAAGCAACACACUAAAUCUGCAGAAUCGCUGCAGUAGCAUCCUGUCUCUUCUCGUCAACUGCGCCAUCUCGCAGCCUCCCAACGGGAAGAUCCUCGCCACGCAUGCCCUUUCCUUGGACAUUCUUAUUACUGGUGGUCUAGAGCUCGGUUCAAAAGCCCCAGAAUGUUGGGAACAUAUAUUCACAGCUUGCCAUUACGUAUCAAGCUUCGAACAUUCAUUGUUUGGCCAACAAGGAAAUAAUACUACGCCCAUAGUGACCAUGCAGACUGGAAGGAACAAAACUGUUUCGAUUCUGCAAGCUGAUGCUAAGUUGGCACUGGAUGGAAGAGACGAUGAGACUUGUGUCGAUGUUUUCAAUUUUCUGCAACCGGUAAUGGAGAAUAAUCUGAAUAAUGACAUGUCAGUACCGAAAAUCGUGGAGGCUUGUCGACAAGAGAGUGGGAGUGGGAACGUGAUAACCGGCGCGGGCGCAGCGCGCGUGUGCUGCGCGCUGUCGGCGGCGAGCGAGGCGCUGCACUCGCGCUUGGCCGCCGCCGCCGCGCUGCCCGCGCUGCGCGCCGCGCUCGCGCACUUGCUGGCGCUCCAGCACUCGCUCUUAUUCACCUCCUGGGAUCAAGAUGUAGCCAACAACAACGUGGCGUGGUGGAAACGAGGUCGUAAUAACAGCUGCGGUAACGGAGAAGCGGCCAGGGCUCUGUGUAGAGGGGGCGAUGUGGCUUUACGGUGCUUGAGGGCUGCCAGACCUCUAGCACAUCGGAUGGCGAUCUGGACUAUUGUGGGGCCCCAUCUUAUGCAGGCGGCGUGCCAUAAAGACAUCCAAAUCUCUAGUCUCGCCAUCCAAUGUCUGCAUGAUUGCGCCACUGCACUCCUCAACCAACAGGUCGAACUGCCGCAUUUCCAUUUCAACGAAGCCCUUCUCAAACCUUUUGAGAAUCUUUUAUGUUUAGAAUUGUGUGACGACGAUAUACAGGAACAAAUCAUAUCCUGCAUCUGCGAGUUUGUGGAAACUAACAGAAUGGAAAUCAGAUCUGGUUGGAGACCGCUCUUCAAUACCCUCCGUGCAGCUAACAACUCCAAACAGUACUCAGCCAUAUUAGAAAUAUUCAAAGUAUUUUUGAACACUGACAACACAUUAGUAUUUGCCAAUGCUGCUCUUGAUUGUAUUCUAUGCUUGCUGAGCCAUAUCAAAGGUCUUCACUAUGAAGAAGUUCAAGCAACUGAAGUUAAACCAAAAAAGGUUUCACCUGCACAGCCCAAACCAAGCCUUAGUUUGAAAUUCUCUAAAAACAGCAAAUUUAUUCCAUUAAGUGAAGAAAAAUCAGAAAAAGUAAUCGUAGAUAUGUGUAAGGAGGCACUGUUUCAUUUGGAAAGUUGUGCGGAUAUCCUAACAAUGAUGUACAAUAUGCCAAAGUGUCCUAUUUUUAAUACUGGUAAUAGAAUCAAGGGAGAUCUUCCACUAUCAGUGGUCGAUCCAAUAAUCCCGAAUACUUCACUAGAUAUGACGAAAUACAUCGUGAACGAAAAUUGUGAAGAAGAACUUAUUUCCUAUGCAAAAUUAUCAACAAGUCUUCCACAUUCAAGUACAACCAACAACUGCCUUUUAAAAUUAGACAGGCCAAGUAACAUUCUUAAAGUUUGGUACGUUUUGAUUGAAGGACUCAUAUCUGCUACUGUUGUAUGUUCAAAGAAAAACCAACCAGCAGCUAUGGAAACUUUGUUUAAGUUGUUAAGAAAUAUUAUCGAAGUACCAGGCACACAUUUUGGGUUACAUUGUAUAAAUCAUCUUCUCCUGCCUACAGUUCAAAAUUGGCUUCGGCAAAUAGCUAAUGUAAAUACGCAUUGGGAUACUGUCAUGCCAAAUUUCAAACAGUGUUGUGGCAUGACUACUGAUACUAUUGUUGUAUACUUACACCACUUGCAGCAAAUAAACGUGGAAAGAUCAACGCCAGAUGAUAAACAGGAUGCAAUGGACGUUGAACCGUUUGAAAGUGCUGAAGCUACAUUUGCGUUGAAACAGAUAAUGUUGAUCCUAGUGGAAUGUAUUGCCCAACCUCAAGAACCGAUCGCUAGGUUAGGUGCCUCCUGUAUCCGACAUAUCAUUCUUACGUCGGGGCAUUUGUUAACAGACAACCAAUGGGAAAUAGUUUGUACAAGUCUGCACAGAGCGUGUAAUGUUAGUUUGACGCCUCUAAAGCAAUUGACAUUUGCUUUUAAGGAGAAUUCGAAUAGUUUCUACGGAGACUUGGCAAUCGUCAAAGUAGCUGCAAGACGCGACUGUUCAGUCAAUGACAAUGUCAGAUUACAUGCCAUGGCUCAACAGGUUUUCUUAACAGAGCAAUCAAAAAGUGAGGGAUAUUCCAAAUUAACCCCUAAAAAUUCUUCCCAGAUGCUUAUUGAUGACAGGAGCUACAUCUUUCUUAUUUAUUUACAAGAGUCAAUUAACUCUCUGAAUCCAGAUCUUUACACAAUAAGAAUUCCUCACCGUGGACUUGUGGUCGGGCUUUUAGCUCACCAAAUAUUGGUUCAAAUAAUUGCAACAGUUCUUAUUCAAGCAUCUUCAGAUCUGUUUCAAGGAAUAAACAGCAUUUUAUUGGAAAGUCUUAAAACUGGUACCAAUACUUGCAAUUACAAGUUUUUCUUGAACACCUAUAACACAGAAUUACUGCUGAAAAGUCUCGAACUAUCCUAUACGAGAGCUAUGCUGUUUGAUGCCAGACCAGGCCUCAAGUUUCUCGUUCAAAAGGUGUCUAACCUCGACCAUGCUGCCAAUCUAUAUAAACAAACAACUUCAUCAUGGCUAAUAAAAAUUAUUGCGCUCACAGAAAUAUUUUUCAGUGGAGUUCACAAAUUUAAGUUAAAAGCAUCAGAUAUUCCUAUAAUACUCCACAACUAUACCACAACUUUGAACUUAAGACUUGAAUACGACAGAUUUGUGACAAAAAUUGUUGAUCUAAAAAGCACUUGGGAGCUUUUGUGUAUUAAUUAUGUAAAACAACUGAUUAAUGUUUCGGACUUUGAUGAUAAUGAAAAUGCUAAGAGACGAAUAUCAUACAGUUCAGUCGAAACUGAUUCAUCUUCAAAUCAUUACGAUCAAUUCUAUACCCAGGAAGAAACAAGUCAAAAAAUGCCUGAAGACCCUGAAUCUCCUACUAAAAGCGAACGUGUAAAAAGUGAUAUUGAAAACACAGAGGAUUCAGUAGAAAAACCAAAACCAUUUACGUUUGCUGAUUUUAAGAAAAACAGUCAAUCUGCUUCCAGCAUUGAUCACGAGGAUGACACAAUAUUGCCACUCAACGAAAAUGAAACUGGUGAUUCUGUCAACGAAAACACAUCAAAAGAUGAUAUUGAAACCAGUGGGUAUGUCCCGAAUAAAAUCGAUAGAAUCAACGAGAUAGUUAAGAAAACUGUUCAGAAAGAAAGAAAAAUAAGCGCAACUAGUGUUUUCGACAGUAUACAUGACACGAAUACGCAAGCAGACAUGAAUACACGUAAAGUCAAUAUAACAAUUUGUGACGGGCCAACUUACGAAAAAAACAAAAGCAACGCUUCACCAUCAGUGAUAAUUCCACCUCAACCGGUACCGCCAGAAAUCGAACAGCAAAGGACUUUGAGUAUAAAUAAGGACACAGAUGUGCAACGACACUGUUUCCAGAACAUUCUGAUGGCGUACCUGGAACUGGUGCUGACGUUUCCUCUGGACAGGUUCCAGCUCAUCCAGCCCGUGCUGCACUCUGGGUUUGUACAUCUCGGGAAGACUGUCACGGACCCACAACUACUCGAUAGAAUUAAUAUAUUUUUCGAUAAGAAAAACUUAACCGAAUUUAAUUAUAACUGAUCAAUUAAUUGUGAUAAUAUAUAAUUCACAUAAUUAUUGUAUAUUCCUUGAUUGUUCAGUGUUAUAUAUGCAAAAUAAAAUCAUUAUAUACCA